AUGGAUUAUCAAAAUUCAUCCGACGGUUUUGUUCUACCAUACAGCAAUAAUCUUGCCACAGAAUCGUAUAAUAUAGCUUCGCUACGAACUGCAAGAAGGCGUAUCAUGGCAUACGCUGAUAAUUCUUCUCUUUCGAGGACAAUGACAAAUCACGAGAUAAAUCCAUUGUCUUUUGUAUCGUCGCAUGUUACAACACAUAAUCAUGUAUAUAGCGUGGAUGAUGAUUCAAGGAAAAGUUCUCAUACAAGUCUUGCAAGCACUAAUGCACAUGAGGUUUCUACCCUUAAUAGUGAUACUCCUUUGAUUGAUACCUCUAGUUCCACCCCUAAUAACAACAAUGUUAUACAUGACAAUAAUUCCGCUUUAAUUUCCCCUUCCGUUCGUUCUUCACGUCAAUUUACUCACAUUCAUAAAAAGAGGCUAUCAAGAACUAUGCAACAUAUUUCCUCCUUUAUAAAACUCACCGUAAAUAUUUCUCCAACUAUCUCAUUUCCUGUUACUAUUGAAAAAACAUAUACGGUCGAAAGGUUGGCCAGGCAAAUCGAGGCUGAAUAUGCUUUUAAAUAUGGUGGUAUUGAAGAAAGAUCUAUUCAUGAACCUCUUGAAGUAGGCCUACUUUAUGAUGUUAGUAUGGUUGCAUUGCGAUUUCGCGAUCUCGUAGGUGAUGUUUUAGAACAUGAUUGUGGUAAUGAUCUCGAAUAUGCUGAUAUUGACUUUGAAUUCAAAGAUUUUGAUCUUGAUCUUGACAAAGAUUUUGUGUUGAAUAACUAUAGAGAAAGUAGAGAAAAUAGAGAAAGUCGCAGGUUCAGCCUACCAAUUAUUUCUAACAAUGAUGGUUUACAAACAAAUGAUAACACCAUUCCUUUAAAUCAACCUAUACAUUCACCUACUUCUUUCGUAUCUGACUCUCAUCUCUCAUUAAAUCCAAUUUCCGUUUCACAAAGCUCUCAAUCUAAUUUUAGAUCUAUCCUUUCUAAUGUGCUUGCUUUAAAUUAUUUUCAAAAAUUCUCCAUUAGAGAAUUUUCGGUUGAAAAUUUGUUAUUUUGGCUUGAUAUUGAACUUUUCGCUGCUGGAACUUGUGAUAUAGAAGAUAAUUACUUUGAAGAACAACAAAGUACCAUCAUUCAUGCAAAAUAUAUCUAUUUAACUUAUAUAGGAGCAAAUGCUCCUUUACAAGUUAAUCUUAGUGAUGAGAUAAGAAAAGAUAUCACUUGGCCAUUGGAUGAUGAUUGUAUAGUGGAAAGAAAUAUGUUUGACGAAGCUCAAGAAGCUGUUUAUCAAUUAAUGAAAGGUCAUUCUUUUGCGCGUUUUGAAUUAAGUCCUGAAUGGAAAGAAUGUGAAAAGAUAAAGAUGACUGACCCUAAAGAAUAUGAAGAUCGUGAAAUGACUGAACCACUUGGUUGUUAUUUCCGUCCAAAUAUGUCAUUAAUGCUUGCCAUCACCAUGGCACUUGAUGAUAAUU